AUCAAUUGCUGUGAAAGAAAUUCUCCGAGUAUCGUCGACAAAAGAUUCAUCAAACAACAUGCUCAUGCAUCGAAACAACCCCGUAAUGUAUAAUCACAUUGACAUUUUCAAUUCGGUGUACGCUUGUGCAUGCAGCGAACAAUAUCGAACCCAAAAAAAGCGUGUAGUGGAAUCUCACACCGAACUUCUUCGAAAAAAUCUUGAUUCUGGGACUUACAGCAAACUCUGCAGCUUUCACCACAUUGUCAAUGGCUUCGCAAUUCGCACAUCUGCAUCUCAGGCAAAGAGACUUGGAAUGGCUCCUGAAGUGCUUAAGAUAGAGAAAGAUAGAAGAACAAAGCUAAUGACCACAUACACACCACACUUGCUGGACUUGCCUAGAGGUGUAUGGGCUCAAGAAGGCGGAGCAGAGCACGCCGGGGAAGGGAUGGUCAUCGGAGUUAUCGACACAGGCAUCAAUCCCUCGCAUCCAAGCUUCGCGUACAGUCCCUCGAGUUCAAGCCAGAGUGAACCAUUCUUGGUUGGUGUUUGUGAGACUGGUGCGCAAUUUCCAGUCGGUUCGUGUAAUGAUAAGAUACUGUCGGCUCGGUACUUCGCGGCGGGGGCAGCUGCAGUUCUUCCUCUCGAUCCUUCGCGAGAUUUGUCGCCUUUUGAUGGUGUUGGACAUGGCAGUCAUGUGGCUUCGAUCGCGGCAGGGAACUGGCAAGUCCCUGUGAUUGUAGACGGUGCCAUGUACGGGUUUGCGAGCGGAAUGGCGCCUCGAGCAAGGCUCAGAGUAUACAAGGCCAUGUAUCCUGCAGGAGGAACUACUGCUGAUCUUGUUUCAGCAAUUGACCAAGCGGCUCAAGAUAGGGUGGAUGUUCUAGUACUUUCCAUUGGACCAGAUGAGCCCCCAGUGGACACCAUAACUUUCAUGAGUGUGCUUGACAUCUCCUUGCUUUUAGCAAGAAGAGCUGGCAUGUUUGUGGCUCAAGCUGCAGGAAACAAGGGACCAGGAGAAGCCUCUGUUGUUUCUUUUAGCCCUUGGGUGGUGGGAGUUGGUGCUGGCACUACUGGAAGAAGUUAUAGCCCUGUGCUUGUCCUGGGAAGUGGCCUCCAAAUUCAGGGUGUUGGCUUGUCAGUACCAACUCCUGGAGAUGGGAUUUUCCAAUUCAGGCUGGUCUCAGCUAGGGAUGCAGCAGCAGCAAAUCUAAGCAGCCCGACGGACGCCGAAGAAUGCCAGCACCCGGAGGCGCUGCAGCCUGCAAAAGUGCUUGGCGGCAUCGUUAUCUGCUCGUUCUUGCAGGGCUUCUUGAAUGGCACGUCGACAGUCACCGCCAUCCUCGACACAGCGAAUACUCUCGGAUUCCUCGGUUUCAUUCUCGUCGCUAGUGCUUUGUAUGGAGACUUUAUCGCGCAACCCCUCCCCUUCCCCAUUCCGGGCAUUAUGAUCCCUCGCAUAACUGAUGCGAAGGCUCUCUGGGAGUACUACGAGAAUCAAACAUCCUGGGACGUAAAAGGUGCGAUAGUCGGCAACCAUGCAAGUGCAGCAAUCAAAGAAGGAAGAGUCCCGACCUUCGCCGGGUCAACACAAGCACCCGUCGUCGCCCGAUUCUCGUCUAGAGGGCCCGACAUCUUGGACUGGGAGUUGCAUCCGGCCGAUGUGCUGAAACCGGACAUACUCGCCCCCGGCCAGCAGAUAUGGGCAGCAUGGAGCCCGAUCAGCGCAGCCGACCCGAUUCUCUCCGGCCAUCGCUUUGCGCUGCUGUCGGGCACAAGCAUGGCGGCGCCGCACGUCGGCGGAGUCGCGGCACUUAUCAAGCAGUUGCAUCCAUCAUGGACGCCAUCGAUGAUAGCCUCUGCUCUAUUGACCACCGCAAAUAAGCAUAGCAAUGCCGGCAGGCCGAUCAUGGCAGAAGGCGCAGAGCUGUACUCGGUGCAUCUUGCCACACCAUUCGACUACGGUGCUGGAUUUAUAAAUCCGGUGAAAGCGCUUGAUCCAGGACUAGUUCUUCCAGCAGAAUUUGGAGACUACAUGGGCUUCUUGUGCUCAUUGCCCAACCUUACUCCAGGCGUCGUCCGCGCCGCCACCGGAGCAGCAUGCAAAGCUUCACUCGCUUCGCCGACGAAUCUAAACCUUCCGUCGAUCACAAUAUCAAAUCUAAGAGGAUCACCGUCAGUUCGCCGCGUGGUGAAGAACGUCGCCAACAAAUCGGAGACGUACUCGUGCUCCGUGAUCUCGCCGGAGGGGGUGGAAGUUAGUGUGCAGCCACCAUCAUUCAACCUAGCUCCACAAGGAACACAAAAUUUGGAGAUUAGGUUAAAUGUGACUAGGGCAUCAAACACAUUUAGUUUUGGUGAGAUUGUUCUCACUGGGAGUUUUGAUCACAUUGUAAGGCUGACAUUGGCAGUGCUACCAACAGCAGUCAUAUAGGAUAAGACCAUGUCUAUGAUCAAAUAUGAUUUGGCAUAUUAUAAAAU